UCUCUUAUUCUGGUCACUCUUGAAGCGACACAAUCAGCUGUUCAAAUGUAAACAAAUGAAUUUACUUCGAAUAAAAAAUACAAUUAGCUCCAUAAAAUAAUUAAGAAGAUAAUAGUGUGAUUACAAUAUUCUUAUGAUUAAUGGUUGCAACCAGUGAUAUUAAAAAUAAGUUCCAAUGGAUUUCCAAAAAAUAAACAUCAGUGAAAAGGUAGUGCCUAAAAAUUAUCUGAAACUAGCACAAGAUGCACAGAAAAGUAGAGAAACAGAAAAGCGCGAGCUGUUGGAAAAGCGUAAACUACCAAUUAAUGGUUGGAGUGAUACACUUAUCGAAGAACUGGUGCAGCAGCUGUCACUGCUCGACAGCAACAACUUUCCCAAAAAAGCAGGAGUUGGUGAACGCGAAGCACGCAUAGCUUGUUCGCUUGUUGCACGACGUCAUUAUAAUUUCGGUCAUGGCAUUGGCCGUUCGGGUGAUUUGUUGGAGGCACAACCGAAAGCGGCUGGUUCCACACUUAUGGCUAAUCUAACAAAUUCAGUAUUGCUAGAUCUAAUCCACGAGAUGGGUGUGCGCAGUUGUCGCAGCUGUUUUUUAGCCCCUCUUGCGACAGGCAUGUCCCUGCUCUUAUGUCUACUUACUUUGCGGCAACAGAAGCCGGCAGCUAAAUAUGUUUUAUGGUCACGUAUCGAUCAGAAAUCCUGCUUCAAAAGUAUAAUUACAGCUGGACUCACACCAAUAAUUGUCGAACCCCAACUAAAUGAUAACGGUAGUUUAACUACAAAUUUGCAAGGGCUAGCGCAAAAAAUAGAAGAACUUAAUGAAGAAAAUAUACUUUGUUUUUGUACAACAACUAGCUGUUUUGCACCACGAAAUUCAGAUGAUAUCAUUGGUGUGGCGAAAUUGGCGGCACAACACGCGUUGCCUCAUCUCGUCAAUAAUGCUUAUGGCUUACAAAGUACCUAUCUCACACAUCAACUCGAACAAGCACAGCGUGUGGGACGCGUUGACUUAUUUGUGCAGAGUACAGAUAAAAAUCUCAUGGUACCCGUUGGUGGCGCCAUCAUAGCGGGCUUCGAUGAACAAUUAGUGCGCAAUGUUGCUAAAGCAUAUCCCGGACGCGCUUCAUCGGCACAAACGCUUGACGUCUUCAUGACGCUUUUGUCGCUGGGUCGCAAUGGUUAUUUGAAUUUAGUCAAAGAGCGCAAAGAAAAUUUUGAAUAUUUGCGCAUGCGUAUGCAAGAAUUCGCCGAAAAUCAUGGAGAAAUAUUGUUGGAAGCAAAAGCCAAUCCAAUAUCGCUGGCUAUGAGUUUAAGUCAGUUGCAAGACACUGACAUGGAACUAACUAAGUUCGGUUCAAUGUUGUACACACGCGGUAUUUCGGGUGCACGUGUUGUGGCUGUCGGUGAUCACCGGAAGGUUGAAGGGCAUCACUUUGAAUGUUGGGGCUCACAUUCUGCAGCGACGCAAAUACCUUACUUAACAAUGGCUGCCGGUUUGGGUAUUACAAAAUCAGAAAUCGAUAAUAGUUUUCAAAAAUUGCAAGCAUGUUGGGACACAUUUUCGAGUGAAAAGUCAAAAAACUAUAAUAAAUAAUUAUAAUUAAUUAAGAAAUUGAUACUUACUUACCACUUUCUGUCAACGUUACAUACUUAUUUUAUAUUAAUGCAGCUUUAAUGUCGUGUCUUUUGCUUUUGCAAAUUUAAUU